GACACCUUGUUUAUUCAGGGAGGGGCGUGUGUGUGUUUCUACAGGUGUGUGUGUGUCCGCAGGUGUAGAGGAGCGGUCGGCUCGCCAUCCUCCCGUUACACCGCCCGAUGCGCCGGUGAUGUCCGCGCCAUGCUCCCGGUAACGCGCUUCGGGGGAUGCCUGCCCGCGCUCCUCGCCGCCGCCCUGUUCGACGUCCUCGGCGUCGUUCUGCUCUUCGUCGGCGUCUUCGGGGACCUGCGCCUCGGCGGCCGCUUCUACGGCGACUUCUUGAUCUACACCGGCUCCGUGGUGCUCUUCGGCAGCCUGGGCUUGUGGAUCAUGUGGUACGUGGGCAACGUCCGGGUCUCGGAGGAGGAGGAGGGCGGCGGCGGCGGCGGCUGGAUGAGGAAGAGGAGCGACGGCGUCGUGCGCCUGGCGAGGAAGCUCACGGAGCGGCUGAGCCAGAAGCUCUCCGCGGAGGCGCGCCUCAAGUACGCGCACAACGACGAGGAGGCGCAGGGCGGCCAGGUGGGCUCACCUGCGCGCAAGGCCAGCCGGGUGACGUGGGGCAGAUCCACGGUGUACCACAACGAGGGCUACGAGGACUCCCCGGGCCCCCCCUCUGUGGAGUGGGGAGAGUCAGAGGACAAGCCGGAGGUGUGAUGGACGGGUAGCUUCAUGUUAGUGUGACAGCUUUGACUAUAGUAUAUAUACAUCCAUUAAGACCUAAUAUAUAUAUAUAUAUAUAUAUAAUGGCUUAAUGGAUGUUCAUUGGCUGGGUUUUAAGAAA